CCGCGCCAGCAAUUGCCGAUUGCCGGCGCUAAUUUCGAGGGCUGCAGAUCUGUUAACAUUUCACAUACAAAUCUAGACCUGUGUCACCCAAACCUUGAAUAUUUUUCUUACGUUUUCAUUGUGAGAAUUAAAUUAUGAAAAUAGAUAUAUAUGUGAAUUUGAGUUUUAUAACAUUUUUUUUAUGUUAUGUAUGUAGCAUAAUACCAUCCUAAUUACAUUACGUGAUUAUCUAAAAACAGCUCUAGCGACAAUCUGGAAACUCAGCUAGCCACAUAACUUCAUUGUUUUGACUAUCAGCCAUCCCUAAAAACAAGUGUGUGAAAAAGCUGAAAAGGACUGAGCGAAAAAGCCACCAUCAAAAGCAUCCUCUUUCUGUGAUUUGCGUCUUAAUUCUGUGAUGCGUUUUUGCCCAUGUGAGAUCCACUGGAAUUAUUUCUGAAGUCUGUUUUAUGAUUAAAAUGGCUGCAAUACUUGGCUACUUAACUUAGAUGGAGCUAGUAGCUGCUGGAAACACCAGCUGCUCUAAAAACAGACGUGACAUUAUGAAAACUUGUUGACGCGAAUUCAAUUAGCAAAGGGGAUCUGUGGAGAAGAGCAUAAAGCCUGUAUAUAUUCACGUUAUCCCCACAAUAUCAAUGGAGAAUGCACUUGUGUGUGAACAAUGCCAUUCUACAAAGCAUGUCAAGAUGGAUUGUCCUGCAUACAAAAUCACAUCUAAAUUUGAAAAUAAUGGACUUUCUUGUGGUUAUAAUUACAAACACUACGGUGUGCCAUUAUACGACACUCACUGUCAUCUAGACUAUGUGUUUGAUAGAUUCAAACAUGACAAUCUAUCGUUUCAAAAGUUUAUGCAAAAGGAAAACUUUCCUGACAACUUCAAGGGUUGUAUCACGUCAUUCAGUGACCCUGCAGCUUUUUCUAGUUUUGGAAUAAGUUCUGAUUUACUUACACAAGACGGUAUAUGGGGUACGUUUGGAAUUCACCCACACCAUGCUAAAAGUUAUAACCAAAGAAUUGAAGACAAUAUUAUCAAAUUUUUACAGCACCCAAAAGCAGUUGCUGUAGGCGAAUGUGGAUUAGAUUAUUCGUUUCGUUGUCCAAGUCCUAUUCCGGUACAAAAACGUGUACUUUUAAGACACAUUAAAAUUGCUAAGGAUUACAUGAAACCUUUAGUUCUUCAUUCAAGGGAAGCAGAAGAUGAUGUUUUUGAGCUGUUGUGCUUGGAAGGGAUGAAGAACUGGCCGAUACAUGUCCACUGCUUCACUGGUCAUCAUAGCCAGUUGCAUCGGUUUAUAAAUGAAUUUGAGAACAUGUAUUUUGGUUUUACUAAUUUAGUAUCAUAUUCAACAGCCACGACGACACAUGAAGUUGCUAAAAGUAUUCCUUUAGACCGGGUGUUAUUGGAAACAGACGCUCCCUAUUUUGUACCAAGGAGUUUACGUGACCGUGAGCAGUUUAGCCAUCCUGGCAAUGUGUUAUUUGUUGCUGAAGAAAUAGCUAGUAUAAAAAACAUUGAUGUAGAUACAGUUUUGGAGCAUUGUCGAAGAAAUGUAAGGAAACUAUACAAAAUAUAGACUAUAUAUAUACGUUUUAAAAUUUGUUUUAUAAUUUAGGGAUCACAUUGAGUAAAUGUAUAUAUUUUUUAUGUUUUGUUUUUCUUGUUUUUUUGGGAACGUCAGAAAUUUUCGCGGGCAUAAACUCCACUAAAUAUAUGAAUAGACUUUUCCUGGUCUUCUGUAUUUUUUUUGAAUUCAUUAUUAGCUUUAAAUUACUACUCACUCGCGUAUUAUUUUAAAAAUUUCAGACUUUAUCAAAUUUUUUUUGUGGCGGAAUUGUUUCAAAUCUUUUAUUCGUUUUGUGUCAAACGUUUUUGAAAACGCAUCAAAGAAAAUAAAUUUAGAUAAGUGUGUACCAGUACACUCUCGUGAAUAGCUCGAUUUUUGUUCGCGAAACUUUCUACUUUUAAAGUAUGUAUUCUGUUGUUUUUUUAUUUACUCCAUUUUUAACCUUUAUACAUUAUUUUUAUUAUUGUAACAUUCCUUUUAAGAAGACUCACACACAACAAUUAUUUUUCGCACCAUAUCUCCGCCUUAAGUUGAUUAAUUUUCGCAAACUUAUUUGUUUAUUUGUUAUUUUUAGUGUGUGCAAAUAAGGCGAAUGUUAGUGUAUGCGAGAAUUACUAGAAAUAACUAUAUUACGCAAAGCAUAAUAUAAUCGCAAAUUUUUAAAAAAAUAUAAUAUAUUCGGGGUGUUUUUCUCCGUUAUUUGAGUAAAUUGCUGAAAACUAAUACUGCAAGCUUUGCCAAUCUAUUUUCAUGGCGCUUCUUUACACGAAUUUUAAACAAAUCCACAACUUUUAGAACUCCCAAAUAUUACUCAAGGUGAUGUUCGCAAAAAUUAAUACUUGUUAAGAAAUCAAGUAAUGUCGAUAAUUUAUGGAAUUUUUAUCUCAGAC